CUCGGCCGGAUCGCAACCCCUCGGCGCGAUAACCUCAGCAAGUCCGAGCAAACUGAUGUGCAUUGGCAGCGGGGCAUUGGCCAAUCAAGACGAACCGCAGAGUCGCAAUAGUCUCUUUUCGUCCUGGUCCGCUGUGUCCUUGCAUCUGUUACGUUACGUCUGCAGUUCAAAAAGCUAUCGCUUUUGUUCAUGCUAUUGUCCAUAAAGCCCGCGGCCUGUCGUGUCAUAGUUGACCAGCUCGUUUGAAGCCUUGCAGUAUUCGCAUAGUCCCUUCAAGAAGAACAGGUUAUCCUGCGCGCGACGAUGGGAAUCUUCAAGGGAGUCGGUCUUUGUACCCUGACUUGUGUGCUACUGUCACUCUUUGCCGAUGCCGCGGCCGGCGGCGGCGUGAAGAGCAUUUUCCUAUUCAAGGACGUUCUACGGUCGAACACCACAGCACUCAAGACCUCGGGCUUUAACACCCUCCUCAUUUUUCGGAUCGGUCUCCUCGAUAACGGCGAUCUUGUUUACUACUCAACUGGAGAUGCGGGCGAGGCAGUCGAUGCUCCCGUGGUGACGAAUGGUUCGUAUGUUGGUGGAACCGCGUUGGCGGAAAAGGUUGAAUCCUUCAAAACCGGCACAACCAACAUCAACAGAGUGGAGAUCUCGCUGGUCUCACAUGACACGACAUUCCAAAUUAUCCGCGACUUGAUCAACGCAGACGGUACAGGCUCUGACACCGUGUUGUACAAGAACUUUGAGGUCUUGAAGGCAGAGUGGGGCCUUGACGCAUUCAACAACGACGAUGAGGGUGUCUAUGACGUGGCGAGCACCGUCAGUUUUGCCCAGAUGCUAGGGGAGAUGGGGUAUCAGUAUUCCAUUGCGCCUUACACCAACAGCGGCUUCUGGGCGAACGUCACGACGCAAGUUGAAUCCGCAAACCCUGGCCUGUUCGAUAGGGUGUACCUCCAAGUCUAUGAUGGUGGGUCUGGCAACAAUCCUGGAACAUGGCAGACUACCCUCGGCAUGAAGGUGAUCCCUCUUGUAUGGGUUGUCAAUGACGCGAAGCCGUCUCAAGGAACGACCGCGGCUGAGGCUCAGCAGCGAUUCGAAACCUGGUUCUCGCAAUACACCGUGGCGGGCGGGGGGUACUGGAAUGAUUACGACAUUGAGAAGAUGGACUCAUCUUACACGGAUUAUGGAGCAGCACUUACUAGUGUUUUCUGAUGCAAAGUGCGCAGCAAUUCUCUGUCUUGAGGCAUCGUAUUCAUGUCAUUUACCCUUGGCAGAAUUUCUUCAAAUCCCUCACGUUGCUAAGAAAAAGAAACAUAGUCGUUACUCUGAUCUCGGCAUUUGUCAUCUUGACAGGUUUGCUCCAAGAUUCUUGUUGCAUUUAAGCGACUUACAGUUGAAGAACGGUGGGAGCAAACAUCGUUCAUGUUGCUAACUACUCGAGAUGUAGAUCUAUCAUUUGAUUAACCAUUCAUGAGAGCACUGUUACUUCUGAAGUGGAAGUCGUUCUGCCUACCCCGAGUCCCCGACUCUUUUCCCGCCACCUCCUAGUUUCGAUGUAUGAAAAUCUAUCACAAAGCGAGGUAGCAAGUGGAAGACAUGUAUAGUAGAAAGUGGC